AUGGUUAUACAUCCAAAGGCAGGUGACUGCAAGUACCAAGAGAGGCUAAGCGUGGCGAACAUCACCUCGUGGACCAUACUCCCGGCUCGCGACGAGAGAGCACUCGAAGCUGCAGUGGCGACGAUCGGCCCGAUCGCCGCGUCCGUGAACGCGAGUCCAAAGACCUUCCAGCUUUACCACUCCGGCGUCUACGACGAUCCAGCGUGCACGUCGGACAAGGUCAACCACGCGAUGCUGAUAGUCGGUUACACGAAAAACGCUUGGAUACUGAAGAACUGGUGGGGUACGGGCUGGGGCGAGGAUGGCUACAUGCGCUUGCGGAAGGGCAAGAAUCGCUGUGGCAUCGCCAAUUACGCGGGCUACGCGAAAAUUUGA